UCACAGACUAACGCAGACUCCAUCACACCGUCAAUCUGUGUCCGCGGAGCCGUGGGAACGUCACCGGGCUGCGGGGUCCUGUCACCGUGUGACUCCGUGUCGGACCUCUGGAUGGGAUGCGUCUCUGACACCGGGAUGAAACGGACGUGGUGAUAAAGGAGCGUCUCUCCUCCUGCUCCUCCUGCUCCUCCUCCUCCUCCUCGUCCUCCUCUUCGCCUCCUCUCGUCCAGAAGCGGAGCUCGGCUCUCACCCUCCUCCCGGCGGGGACAUGAGGAAUCCGGUGGCCGGUGUGGCGCUGACCCUCUGGUUCUUUGUGGAGUGUGUAGGGGCAAAAAAGUACUGCUGGUAUUUUGAAGGCGGAUACCCCAUCUACUUCAUAUGUCGCUCUUAUGAGGACUGCUGUGGGACUCGCUGCUGUGUGAGGGCCCUGUCCAUCCAGAGACUAUGGUAUUUCUGGGUGCUGCUGAUGAUGGGGGUGCUGUUCUGCUGUGGUGCUGGUUUCUUCAUCCGCAGACGGAUGUAUCCGUCCCCUCUGAGAGACGAGCCAGCAUUCAACGUCUCCUUCACCAGGCACCCUGUCACCUCACCAGUGUCCCAGCAGCCAGGAAGUAUGCAGGGCUUCGGGGUCAAUGGGAUGACGGGGGGUGACCCAGGGAUCACCAUGACCCACCCAGCAUACGCAGCACAGCCUGGCUCCGCCCAUAUGAUGAUGAGCUCCUAUCCUCCACCUCCGUCCUACUGCAACCACCCACCGCCGUCCUACGAACAAAUAUUUCAAAACAGCGACAAGAAGUAACGUCUGCAGUCCGCUGAGGAGAUCGAACUUGACUAGAAAGAUGAAGAUCUGAUGAAGAUGAUGAAGAGGAAGGGGAAGCCUGCCAAAUGUUUGCAACUCUUCUUUUUUGGAUGUAAAACUUGGAAAACACAAUCUGUUGUUCUGUGGAAAAGACCAAAAGGCACAGUACCAGUAAUUUAGAUGCACAAACACACAUAUUCCCGCAUACACACACACACAGACACACAGACACAUGCACAUUGCUUCAUCUGAAGUGACUCUUUUACUUUUGGUUAGUUGUGGACCCGUGUGUACAGCGAGCGUGCCGGCCCUGUUGAACUGAGGACGAGUGACGAUGGACCCGUUGAGCUGAAGAUUUUGGAUUUACCCACUGUCACCUUCCCCUCCUCCCUCCCUGUGCUGCUCCAUCUGUGCACACAGAACAAUGCCUGUCAAACUCAUAAUGCAUUCAAAUGCCGGGUAAUUUUGAUUACAAGUAAUUACACACUUUACAGAAACACAUCAACAUACAAACGGUUCUUAAAAGACAGUUUCACGCAUGACACUCUAUCCAGCAUUUGACUGCAGCCUGGGCUUUUUACUAAAUGAUGAGUUCCUGAUGCAUUUUUUAUGACAGUAUGUGUCGUCCAGUUAUGUAACGGUAUAAUGAGCCACUACAGCAGCGAGUGGCUCAUUGUUCUGUUACACUGACUAAGGCUUUUAGUUGACCUCCUCAGACCUGGACACAGUGAUGCUGUUCCAGUGUCUAAUGCAAAGUCUUGGCUCCUGCGUACGGAAAAGACACUUUCUGGCUCAUGGUGUAAAACAGUUGGUUUUCACCAUCACGUUACUCUGGAAGGUAACAGCUGUCUGCAGCUGACAUGAUCAUCAGUCAUCGUCAUUCUGUGGCAUCGAGCCAGCAACACUAUCAGUCCUGUAUCACUAGCAGAGUUGGAUCAUGUGUGCUGCAGGAAAAUCCACUGUUAUUUGAACUCGGGAGUGUUACUGCAUAUUAAGGCCGGGUCAUACCAGCAGUGAAAACAUCCACAUUUUGUAGAAACACUGGAUUUGCUUUUGGGAGCAGUAAAUCUGCAUGAAUAGAGAUAGUAGGAAAUGCCCGAGACUGCGUUGUCAUGGAUGUCAAUAUUCCGAUUCUAACCCGGUUACAGCAAUAGUCUGAAUGAGACACUGACAUCAUUUUCAGAUGACUUUAACCUGAAUAAGGUCAUACUUGGAAUAAGCAAUCAUUUAAUUUAAACAAUCUGAGAUUAUUCCGACCUUAGUUGCAUUAUGUAGACAUGUAUACGUCUUAUUUGCAUUAUAAUGUCCUAUUGAAGUUUUCACAGCAUUUAGCGAUAUCGACACACAGCAGUUACCAAAUGCUUGAUGUAGCAUUGCCUGGGCAAGAGGAAGAAAUAGAAAGGAGUUGUAGCUUCAGCAAAAUUAGAAAUAAAACACGCAAAAUGGUGAAAACGUUAUCAUCGUAAAAUAAACUACUUUCAGGUUGGGGUUUUAAAACUGGCAGAAUAACGUUGGACGUAAUGACAUAAUUACAUAAUCAGGCUGUGCUCCUUAACAAGCAAACGGAAUAUGAACGGAAUAUUCCAUUCGCAACUCAUGUCAACAUCAUAAUCUAAAUAAUGUCUUAUUCUGAAUAUGGUCAAUAUUCAGAUUACUAGUGUCCAUGUGAACGUAGUUAGAGUUUAAACUUUGCCACAACAGUGUUACAAACAGAACAUAUCUAACUGCGUUUAGAGCUUCUUUACUGGCAUUUUCAAGUUGAGCAAAGACACAGGUAUGAAAACACACUUUGUGCUACUGCAUUGACUGCACUUACAUUUAUAAAAAUAAAAAUAAAAUUGAAACAAAUGAGUAAACAGUAAAAGGGGAAGUAACUAAAUAAAUCCCGUCCUGUCUGUAUGUGCUCAAACUGAAAAUAUAGAGGAGCGGAAGGAGGGAAGUGAAUGUAAAUGGCCGUUCCCCUGCUCUCUGAGUGAGAUGCUGCAGCCGGGAGGGGGAUGUUGCUGUAGGAGCUGCAGCACUGAUCCAUAUCCCUCAUGUGACAUUCCUGCUGCAUCACUGAGUGUUACGUGCCAAGAGCCUCGCUCACUUUAGGAAGCAACUGAUCUUCACUCGGCUUAUUUCCCUGAAGCUCACUGCGUGCACUUUCGGACCUGGUGAAGGAGAAUCAGCUGCUCCACACUGUCGCUCUCUGUUCUGUUUAACGGCCGCUCACAUCACAUCGUCUCCUCGACACUUUACGUGAGGUUGCGACGUUCACUUUUCCUCCAAGUUGCUGAAACGAACAUCUCAAACUUAUAAAUGGUAAAGUUGUCAUGGCAACAGCUUUUGCUCAGGUAAAUCAAACGCUAAUUGCAAACCAAACCCAAAGUGGAGAUUCGAAAAAAAUCAGAGAGAGAGAGAGGAGCCAAACUGAACUGAGGACGAUAAGAACUGGACCUAAUCAGGACUUUAUGUACACUUCUUAAGAUUUAAAAGAAUUGAUAUUAAUUAACUUAUUUGAUGAUGCCCUUAGUCAGGCUGCCUUUUCAUACCUGAAAUAUGUGGUAAAAUAUGUUUAUUUAAUCUUACUCGUAACAAUUUCUUCAUAGUCACCCCCUGGUAUUGUGUAAGUGAUUUAUCGUGAACACCUCUGUUUGAUAGUUGAGUUCAAUAUGGUGAUUGAGAUCAAGUGAAGUGCACAAACAAGCCCCUGUUGGUUGGUGUGAAGUAACUCAGUGUGUCUGUGGUGAGUGAGACUGAAGGAGGGAGCGACAGUCCCUUCUUACAGAUCUGCUUUUGAAAUUUGUUUUGUUGGUAGGCAGACUUUGUUGUUGCCUUCAGUCAGAGCCCCACUGUUGCUGUGUCUCAGUUCAGGAGCUGCAUCCUUUAGAGGCUGCAUAUGAAGACGGACUGAGUCACAGAGGUACGACCAGGCUGUGGACGGCUCCUUCAAAUGUGUCCUUUCAUUCCCGAGGGAAUCUCCAACAGGUGAUCCUUUCCGGGCUGGCAAGCGAUGAGACUGAUGCUCGAGUAUCAUGCUUCUCGACCGUACAGCGGUAUACAUGGGCCACUAAACACAACUGUUUAAAUCGUCUGUAGACAAAGGAUGCAGCCCCUGAAUUGAGACGCAGAUUAUCUUUAACCUAAACUAAGCUAGCUGGCUAUUGGCUGUAGCUUCAUACUUGUGCAAUAUCAGUGUUACUCUUAAUCUAACUCUUCAACACAGACAAUUUGGGAGUAACCUUUUGGCCACCAGUGGCAGCACUGAGUGAUCUGCAUGAAUAAAUCAUGCUCCUUUUUUAAAAAAAAGUCAUCAGGAAAAUGUCCUAUUGUCUGAUGAGCUCUUAUUUUUAACAAAAACAAACAUUUAAUGAGCAGCUCUGCAGUUUACUGGUAUAUGGUCCUGGAUAUCGAUUAAUCAGUGGCAUGAAGCUUAACCUUUUUAAUACAAUACAAUACAAUAGUUUAUUAAUCCUAAAGGCAAUAUGGUAAAAUAAGACAAAAACAAGAUACAGACAUGCACUGACAAACAGCCACAAAAUAAUAACACAGUAACACAAUAAAAGAGCAGUACAGUUGCAUUGAGCUAAAAGUGUAAUUAAACACAAUUUCACACUGGAUAAUUCAGGUUUUUUUUCAAAUCUCUGUAAUUUUGAGGCUGGAAAUGACUUUGACUGUCAAGAUGACAUUAGGAUAAAUAACGUUUUAUCAAAUCUAAUGAGAAUCAACUGAAGUUCAAAUCUUCCCUCUGUCAAAAUAUCAAACAAACUGUUUCCUAACUAUGACAUGAAGUUUAUCUCUUUAAUUAUAUUUGACUUUACAUGUGCUUGCUCAUGGUUCCUUAUUGCUUAUGUUCAGAGAAUCUGCAGAUGACUUGUUUCCGUGCUGUGUGUUUGUAAAAGGGUGGAACAUGUUAGCUCCAGUUUGGAGUUUUUCGCUGCGAUAAAUACUCGGACGAUGAUGAUGUGGUAGUUUCAACAGAUAGCCGAGCUCUUUCUGUAGCUUUGUCCUCACAGACAUCCCAUAGUCAUGUUCACUCAACAAGCACCAACCACACUGAAAGCACCACGGGCCUUAUCCAAGAAUCUCAGCAGGCCAUGACACACAUCACACUCCAACACUGCACCAGACAUUCAGCUUACUGCAUUAAACUCCACUUUCAUACACAACAAGGUUUUAAUUGAAUUUAAUUUAGGAUUAGGAGUCUCAAGUGUUUUGUUUCUGUGAAGGCAAAAUAUCUCUGGAUUAUUGGUACAACAAGAACACGUGAAUUUUAAUUGUACUUUAAGAAAGUUGUAAAUAUGAGAAAAAUGGAAGAAUGCGACAGGUUCCCUUUUAUCACGUCUACAUGUCCCACUAAACUGUUGGUCUGCUUGGUGCUUGCAUGAGGCCUAUUCUUCCUUAAGGUGGACUGAGGACUUUCAGUUAUUGCAGUUACAUCUGGUGGCCAUAACAGGUUCCACAGCCUCUGGACAACAGGCUGUGAAAAUUAAGAGACAUGGUACAGUUGAUAUUUAAUGAAAAUGUCUUCAUUUACUCUGUGAGUUGCACAGUAAAUGAAGUAAAAAUAAUCAAAGAAACUUGGUGGAUACAUGGGUAAUAGGAUCAAUCGCUUUUACAGAACAAAUAUUCCACCUUUUUCUCCUCCGAGGAUGAAUCUCACAGAAGCUUGUUUGGCAUUUGUCAGAAAAGGGGGAAUUUUGACAUGAAUGUCUGUAAAAUAUUGAAGAUCAACUCUGCCAAAACAAAACAAAAAUGUUGAAUACGUACUUCAAAUUUAUUCUGUUUGUGACUUGGUACCUAAAACUAUAGUGUCCAAUAAUUAUGAGAAACAAUAUAUUUUACCAUCAUUUACGUACGAUCACAUAGAUUCUGAAGGUUUCUCAUGAUUAUGAAUCAUUUAUGAGAUACCAAGUCACUGAUUUUCCAAGUGAUUUACUUUUAUGAGAUGCUACACAUUUUAAUUGAUUUGGCUUUGAAUCUAUUGAAGUAAAAAGAAAAAGAUUUUUAAAAAAUCAGUGGCACAAUUAGAUUGAAAAUUCAUUCUGUGAGAACCAGGAAUAUCAAUGGCAAAUUUAAGUGCAGUCAUCUGGCCUACAGUUAUAUUUUGCAUUUAGAGAUUGGAAACCUAAUUUUCACUUGGUUAUCAGCACUUUAUCUAAAUUAAUUUCUGUCAGGAAUUUACAUACAGUCUCUAAUGUGUACGUUUUCCCACCAGGUUGUCGUACAUUUAAAUAACAGCAGCCUGUCCUCCAGUGGAAUCCCCCUGUGGCACCAGAUGUGGUUGGAACAGCUUUUGAGAACAGCCAAGCCUGUUUGGACUCUGUGUUAGAAUCAUUUGUGGCCCCGGCAGCAACAGAGUCUCUUCCGGUCUCUGGCUGUUUAAUAUUGGAAUUCACAUAUAGCAUAAUAUUAGAAAAUGUAUUCCGUUUGAUCAUGUCAAACUAUGCAACAGAUUCUGCAAUUGCAAAAGCAUCUUGACCCUGUGUCCUCCCUCCUUUGGAGUAUUUCAAUUUAUAAUAUUAUACAUUGUGAAAUAUGUAAAUAAACUUCACUUCUGAUAAAAUGUGA